AUGUUCACGAGAUUCAAGAACGACAACAGUCCAUCCAAUUCGAAAUCCGCAGCACUUCCCGCACUCAAGUCGCUGAAGGAGAGCAACGACUUGACUGGGCAGAUCAUCAGUCAAACCCCAGUCCACCCAAACUCUACGACCAAAUCAAACAAUCUGCAACCAUCAAAAGAUGGUUCAAUCACAUCCUCCGACGACCUCUUUAAACUAGGCGUCUCAUACCAGUUUCUUUCCUCUACCAUUGACUCUAACUCCAAUGACAACGAAAACCCACCACCACCAACUGAAACACAAAACCCAACAGCCAUCGACAAAGUCCCCCCUCCUCCUCCACCUUCCUCUGCACCAUCUCUUCUACCUCCAUGUCCCUCUCCCCCUCAACCAUCGCCCCCGCCCGCAGAAUCCCCACCCCUGGUUCUAGACGACGCCGUGCUCUCCCAGGAGGUACCAACCAAGUACCUCCCCGUCAACGCACAACUUCCCAACAAAUUGACCUGGCUCGACGUCCUCUCUUUAGCACAAAGCGUUCUAACCUGUGAAGCGGAACCGGCUACUGAUCAGGUUUACGUCCGUACGGUCCAUACGGCACAUACAGUCAGGGAGGUCUACGACGACGAGGAGGACCCAACUGCUGCUGCUGACGCUGAUGCUGAUGCUGAUAGCCACUCUUUGUGGGCGAAGUGUCAUGUAGCUGAGGUUGAGAAUUGUGCUGACUGUGUUGACCAUGACGGCGAAGAUGACGACGAUGAUGAAGAGACGGUCAGAAGCUCUUUCAGCUCGUUUAACAUACGGGAUGUGAAUCUUUCUUUGCAUAAGGAGAUGUCGAGGAUUUGGUCUUGGAGGGAGAAGUGGAGGGGUAGGAAGGGGGUGGGGUUGGGGUUGGGGUUGGGAGAAAAGGCAUUUUGA